CAAGCCCUUCAACACUGAAGUGUCAGUGCAUUGUUGCAGUGCAAAUGUAACAAGUCUCUGCACAUCUCUACUGACACAGUAGUUAGCCUUCCUCUGCCACUCACCAGUGAUGACUCCAUCGUAACUGUCUCCUUUAAAGGGAAUGGAUACAUAUCAGCUCAAGAACUGAAAUAAAGUUUUCUUCCAGGACUGCCAUCAUGGGGAAUAUAAUAAAAGGCCAAGUAGCUGAGAAUCACACUGCAACCAAUCACUUUGAUGCCUCCUUUAAAGAUGAUGAGAAUUUGGUAGUAAUUUCGGACUACCCAUGCCGAGACAUAAGUGAGCCGAUGUUUAGGAUGGGAGAGAAACUGAAGGUUCUGGCUCAGGAGGCCUGCUGGUGGAAAGUCCGCUCUUUGCAAACUGGAACUGAGAACUACAUCCCAAAUAAUCAUGUGGCAAAGGUCUAUCAUGGAUGGCUAUUUGAAGGAGUGGGGAGGCAAAAAGCAGAGGAACUGCUACAUUUACCUGGCAACACAGUCGGCUCUUUCCUCAUCAGAGAAAGUCCAAGCCAACGAGGUGUGUAUUCUCUGUCUGUGAGACACAGAGUCAUUAAGCAUUAUAAGAUCCUGCGUCUGGACAACAGCUGGUACUACAUCUCUCCUCGUCUCACUUUCCAGUGCCUAGAGGACAUGGUCAACCACUACUCGGACUCUUCAGAUGGCAUCUGCUGCAUUCUCUCAGCCCCAUGUCUGGCUCUUAGCAGUACUGCCCCCAGUUCAGUCUCACAAGCACCCCCUGUGGUGAUGCGCCACAACUUCAACUGGAGAAAAGUGAACAAGUCUCAGCUGCUGAACAGUGAUAAUCAGAGCAGUGUGGACAGCAGGCACAGCAUGGUGAGCUAUGGAGUGAGAAGCAGCAUCGCUGCCUAUCUGUCCAUCGCUGAGGAAGAAGAGAGAAAAAGGCGACGCAACAAGAAGGGCUGGACAGUCUAUGGGAUGCCAGACAACAGUGAUAUGGAGAGAGAAAACAUCAAUUAGGACAUGGGCAGAUAUUUUUAUUAUACUUACCAGUGCAUGGAAAUACGGCUAAAGGAACUGGUGGAUUUUUAUUCAGACAAUGUGAGCAAUAAACCUUCUGUGACUCUGAGCCUUUCAGAUGAUCAUAGAUCUUUUAUAUUGAGACAAAGAUGAUUACUGAAUGUCGUGGACUUUUUUUUUCAGUGGCACUUUAUUUGAGAUGGGAGGCAUAGUUUACGAAUACAAAUUUUGUCCAAAAUUCCUGCUUUGAAUGAAUGCACAAACCUUUUCAAGAAGAAAUUUUUUUCUGUUUACCUAGUGAUUAAGGUUUUAGUGCUGAAUUGCAGUAGAUGAACAUACUGAGUCUCUAUCCAGAAAAACACCAGCACAAACAGCAUGCUAAGCACUUCUUAGCUUGUCUUGGCUUAUUGCCUGAUGUUGUAAACCUAAUAGGGUGUUGAUUAAACACAUUUGUUUGUGUCGAGUUACACCUGACAAAAUGAAUUCUGAUUACUUCAGUUUUAUUCUAUUCUAAUAUUUCUAAUAAAAAGUCCUGUUUAAAGGAGCUGCUGGAGAUUGUAUAUAAUUUUUGUAUAUAAAGUUAAAUAGUUUUACAAAAUGUUUUUCUUUAAGUUUGUCUACACUCUAAAGGUUAUUUUUUUUCUUAGUUUCUUAAAGAGUUCUUAGUUUCUUAAAGGCUUUCUACAUGGAUCUAUAGUACUGUGCAAAAGUUUUAGGCACAUGAAAAGAUUUUUUUGUGUGUGUCCACCUUAAGGAAAUCGACCGGUACGUUGUUUUUGGAGAACUUGCCACCGGUCUUCUGCAGUCUUUGGCUCUCACUUGUUUCCGUCUCUGCAGGUCUCAGACACCUCCAUGAUGUUUUUAUUCUCUUUUUUUUAAUUCUACAUGAAAAUGUUUGGAAAAUUAAAUUUACUUAUUUGUACUGACUCAC